CCAUUUUCAGUUUUUUCACAAUCUUUUCAUUCAUUUCAUAUUUCUUCGCCACCAUUUGCUCUCCACCAUAUCAUUUCCACUCUCCCUCUUCGCCUCCUCCUCCUCAUCCGCCACCACAUUCCAUCCUCCUUCCCCAUUUCCUGAACUUUUCCUCCCCUUAUAUCUUCCCCUUAAUUUUCCUCAUUUGAUCGGCCUCCCUUCACUAGCCCAUUUCAAUUUUACUUCCACAUUCAUUGAUUUCUUAUCUUAUCUUUAAAUACAGACGCAAAAUAUAAAAGAAAACCAGCCCCCUUUUCUCCUUAUAGACAUUGCAAAGUCUUCUUCAGCUUAUCUUCUUCUGACAUCUUAACUGUGCUGUUAGGAGGGCUUUGAAUAUUCCUUUCUUCAUGAAUUCUGGAUUUGGUGGUAGCUUAUGAUCUAUUGACUGCCGUGCUGGAAGAUCAUGAUCCAUGGACUCUGAGCAGUUCUUCAGUGAUUCGAGCAUGAGUUUCGAAUUUGAAGAAGAUGAGUCAGUUAAGCAGAAAUCAAAUUCAGUUCCAGCUCCGACUGUUGCCUCUGAGAAUCUAAAUGGAGGUUUUGAUUGCAACAUUUGUCUGGACUCAGCACAUGACCCUGUGGUCACCCUCUGUGGUCAUCUUUAUUGUUGGCCUUGUAUUUACAAAUGGCUCCAUGUUCAGAGCUCCUCCCUCGACUCUGAAGAACGGCCAAAAUGUCCAGUCUGUAAGACUAACAUUUCAAACUCCCUAUUGGUUCCUCUCUAUGGACGUGGAACAUCGUCACCAGAAUCUGAAGCGAGGAAGUGCCAACUGGAUUUGGCUAUACCACAGAGGCCCUCUGCUAUUGGAAUCAAUGCUCUACCCAGUAAUGCAUCAUCAAUAGGGUCUCAUUCACACCAACAACUUCAUGCCAAUCUGUUCCAAUCCCAGCCGGAUUCUUUUCAACAACCGCAGUACUUUCAGCCACAGUUGCAGCCUUUCCAUCACCAGCCAUAUUUCCCCCAUCCUUUUGGUGGUUAUGCAUCCAUGGGACCAUCUGGAUUUGGAAAUACAGCAAUGACCAGUUAUUACAGUCCAACUAUCGUGAUGUUUGGGGAAAUGGUUUUUCCAGGGAUGUUUGCCAGCUCAGGCACAAGUUUGUUUUCCUCUAGCCAUCCUGCUACUGUAAAUGGUAGCCCUAGGAGGAUGAGAAGGCAGGAGCUGCAGGUGGAAAAGUCUAUGCGGAAUUUACUCUCCUUCCUUGUCUGCUGCUUUGUGCUAUGCCUUCUACUUUUCUGAUGUAAGUUUUGUUUGUGUAAUUGUACAAAUUGUGAGACUGUCCUUAUAAAAACAGUCACAGAGAUUAGAUACAUGUAGCAAUUUAGAGGUUUUAGCUGGAUAUGAAAACCUGGCGGACGACAUUUGUCUCCUGUACAUGAUAUAUCUUCUAGUAUUGUUACUUAGAAACUUAUAUCAAGCUCAGAUUGAACUGCUGUUGAAGAAAAAAGGGUGUCAUCCCGGUUUACUCACCCUUCUUUUAGUGAUGUGAGAAGUUUCUCUUGGUGGGUCUCUGUAUCUUGUUUUAGCUGUCAUCCUGUGGCUGAGUUGGAUACCUUAUCAUUUGAACUUUGAAGUGGAAAGAUAAAGGGGGGUUCGCAUCUUCCACAUCAACAUUAUUCUGACUGAUGAACAAGGCAGGAGUGUUUAUGAAGAUUUGAGUGGGCCUGUUUAACUUCAUAUACGCAACUAGUUGAAGGAUGGUGCUAGAAACUGAGUUUGCAAUUCAUUGUGAGCCCAAAUAAUGCUAAAGUUGGACCUGAUGCUAGUUGUUUUAUAGCAGAGUGACAGGUUCUUGCCGAUUGAAACAUUUGAAAACCACUAUGCCCUGUCAGUCUUCGAAUUUGAAUGAAUAAGAGAUUAAUUAGUGAA